AUGGGUAGAGAUCACUUUGUUAAACAACACGCUAGAUCCGGUCACAGAACCGCUCCAAAGUCCGACAAUGUUUACUUGAAAUUGUUGGUCAAGUUGUAUUCUUUCUUGGCUCGUAGAACUGAUUCUGCUUUCAACAAGGUCGUCUUGAGAUCUUUGUUCUUGUCCAAGAUCAACAGACCACCAGUUUCUGCUUCUAGAAUCGCCAGAGCUUUGAAGCAAAAGGGUUCUGCUGAAAAGACUAUUGUUGUUAUUGGUACUGUUACCGACGACAACAGAAUCUUUGACUUCCCAAAGGCCACUGUUGCUGCUUUGAGAUUCACUGCUGGUGCCAAGGCCAAGAUCUUGAAGGCUGGUGGUGAAGUUAUCACUUUGGAUCAAUUGGCUUUGAGAGCUCCAAAGGGUCAAAACACUUUGAUCAUCAGAGGUCCAAGAAACUCCAGAGAAGCUGUUAGACACUUCGGUAUGGGUCCACACAAACAUAAGGCCCCAAGAAUCUUGUCUAAGGGUAGAAAGUUCGAAAGAGCUAGAGGUAGAAGAAACUCUAGAGGUUUCAAGGUGUAA